AUGUCUGAACCCGAGCCCACCGCAACGACCACAGCCGCUCCUCCAGAACCAGAGGUCGCCGCGUCCGUGCCUAUUCCUGACACGCCGGCAGCUGAGAAUGCCCCUGCAGAGAAGGACGAAGAGGCGCAGAAUGCACUGACCAGGAAGUUCACCGAGGACGAAUGGAAAGCCGUGAAGGAGCUCCGGGUGCGGCUCCCACACAUUUUCGCGGAGGCGUACGCACAGAAGGAGGACAAGACGGCGCCCAUUACGCUCUGGGGCGUUAGUAUUGACCCGGCGAAUGCCAAAGACGCACGCGUGAGCGUCAUACUCGCCAAAUUCGUGCGCGCAAGAAACCUGAACGUCGAUGAUGCGGAGAAGAUGCUCAUCGCGACGCUCAAGUGGCGAGACGAGUUCAACGUCAACGAGGUCGUCAACGAGCAGUUUGACGAGAAGAUCUUUGGUUCGCUGGGCCGUAUAAGCGGCAAGGAUAAAGAGGGUUGUCCGGUGGUAUACAACCUGUAUGGGGCCAAUAAGGACUUGAACGCCGUGUUUGGGGAUGUCGAUAGGUUCCUCCGGUGGCGUGUCGCCUUCAUGGAGAAGAGCAUCGAGCUGUUGGACUUCGAGCACAUCGACCAAAUGGUUCAGGUACACGACUAUGAGGGCGUCUCGAUGAUGUCGAGAACCACGAACCAGAAGGCUGCUGCGUCGCGGGCGAGUGCGCUGUUCCAGGACUACUACCCCGAGUUCUUGUCACGCAAAUUCUUUGUCAACGUGCCUAGCGUCAUGGCCUGGGUCUUCUGGCUAUUCAAGCCCUUCCUUUCGGCGAAGACUAUGGAGAAGUUCAGUAUGGUUGGCCCUGGACCUAAGACGAUAGGCGCGGUACUCUUACCUAUCAUCGACGCGCAGGAACUGCCCAAGCGCUAUGGCGGGGAAGCAGACGAUUUGGCUUAA